AAUUCGCAGUCGUAGGUUUACAAUUACAAGUUUUUAUUCGCUUCUUCUUUCUCUUAUUUAUUUUUUCCAAUAGCAUAUAUAAAGCAAAGCCUUGUGGCUGUCAUAUACCACCAUCGUGUGUGUGUGUGUGCGCUUUCUAUUCCUUUCAUUGUUUCUUUUCUCUUCGUUCUGAAAUUUCGUUUCUCUCUCCAACGCUACAAUGUCGGAAGCUAAGACCCAAAUUGAAUCCAUAAGGAAGUGGGUCGUCGAGCACAAGCUCCGUACUGUUGGGUGUCUGUGGCUCAGUGGUAUUUCGGGUUCAAUCGCUUACAAUUGGUCUCGACCCAACAUGAAAACUAGUGUUAAGAUCAUUCACGCAAGGUUGCAUGCACAGGCUCUUACGCUGGGAGCAUUAGCCGGAGCUGCACUAGUAGAAUAUUAUGAUCGUAAUGCAGGAGCAAAGGCUUCAAAAGAAAUUUUGGACAAUAAGUAGAACGCAACCAAAGUACCAUGAUGAAUUCUUUAUAUAUACCGAGGGAUCCUAGUACUAGCUAGUCAUACCUGAUAUGAUUAUAGCAAAAUUUGCAAUUGGACUUGUACUGUACUCUAUUCAUUCUUAAAAUAAAACACUACAUUGAAAUGUUAACACCAUAACAUGCCUGUGGCAGAGUGAAUAUAUUUUUUUGUGUUGGAAUGGAUUACUUAUA